CGGGCGGCUGCGAGGCCGGCGGACGCAGCGGCCGAGGGAGCGCGCCGCCGGCCGGACUUGGCCUGGCUCCCGGAGCCGGGCAGCGAGCGCGGCGGGCUCCGCGGGUCCAGGCGGCGGGCGGCGGGCAGCGGGCGCCGGGCGGCGCGGCGGGGAAGAUGACCGCGGGCGCCGGGGAGCUCCUCGUGCUGCUCUCGCUCUGCGGCGCGCUCCGGGCCCAUAAUGAGGAUCUUACAGCCAGAGAGACCUGCAAGGCUGGGUUCUCUGAAGAUGAUUACACAGCUUUAAUCUCCCCCAAUAUUCUGCAGGGAGAGAAGCUCCUCAAAGUUAAGUUCAGCAGCUGUGUGGGGACCAAGGGGACACAGUAUGAGACCAACAGUAUGGACUUCAAAGUCGGGGCAGACGGGACCGUCUUCGCCACUCGGGAGCUGCAGAUCCCUUCUGAGCAGGUGGCCUUCACGGUGACGGCAAAGGACCACCAGACGGCCAAGCAGUGGGAUGCCAUGGUGCGACUGCUGGUGGCCCAGACCUGGUCCUCACACUCCGGACACAAGAAAGGAAAAAUGAACGUGGCCCCGGACCCUGCUCAGCCCCCCAACGACACACUGCUGCCGUGGCCCCAGCACCAGAGCUCUGGAGGGCUGAGGCGACAGAAACGAGACUGGGUCAUCCCCCCCAUCAACGUGCCUGAGAACUCCCGGGGGCCCUUCCCACAGCAGCUGGUGAGGAUCCGGUCGGACAAAGACAACGACAUCCCCAUCCGAUACAGCAUCACGGGCGUGGGCGCCGACCAGCCGCCCAUGGAGGUCUUCAGCAUCGACUCCAUGUCCGGCCGCAUGUACGUCACGCGGCCCAUGGACCGGGAGGAGCGAGCCUCUUACCAUCUGCGAGCCCACGCUGUGGACAUGAACGGCAACAAGGUGGAGAACCCCAUUGACCUGUACAUCUACGUCAUCGACAUGAACGACAACCGCCCAGAGUUCCUUAACCAGGUCUACAACGGCUCCGUGGACGAGGGCUCCAAGCCAGGAACCUACGUGAUGACGGUCACGGCCAACGACGCUGAUGACAGCACCACGGCCAACGGGAUGGUGCGGUACCGGAUCGUGACCCAGACCCCGCAAAGCCCGUCCCAGAACAUGUUCACCAUUAACAGCGAGACUGGGGACCUGGUGACAGUGGCCGCAGGCCUGGACCGAGAGAAAGUCCAGCAGUACACAGUCAUCGUCCAAGCCACUGACAUGGAAGGAAACCUUAAUUAUGGCCUCUCAAACACAGCCACAGCCAUCAUCACGGUGACGGACGUGAAUGACAACCCGCCAGAAUUCACUGCCAGCACGUUUGCGGGCGAGGUCCCCGAGAACCGUGUGGAGACAGUGGUCGCCAACCUGACCGUCAUGGACCGUGACCAGCCCCAUUCGCCCAACUGGAACGCCGUCUACCGCAUCAUCAGUGGGGACCCCUCUGGCCACUUCAGCGUCCGCACCGACCCAGCCACCAACGAGGGCAUGGUCACCGUGGUGAAGGCGGUGGACUACGAGCUGAACAGGGCCUUCAUGCUCACCGUGAUGGUGUCCAACCAGGCGCCACUGGCCAGCGGGAUCCAGAUGUCCUUCCAGUCCACUGCGGGCGUGACCAUCUCUGUCACAGACAUCAACGAGGCGCCCUACUUCCCCUCCAACCGCAAGCUGAUCCGCCUAGAGGAGGGCGUGCCCACUGGCACGGCGCUCACCACCUUCUCUGCCGUGGACCCUGACCGCUUCAUGCCGCAGGCUGUGAGGUACUCCAAGCUCUCUGACCCGGCGAACUGGCUGCACAUCAAUGCCUCCAAUGGGCAGAUCACCACGGCAGCCGUCCUAGACCGAGAGUCCCUGUACAUCAAAAACAACGUCUACGAGGCCACCUUCAUGGCAGCUGACAACGGGAUCCCCCCGGCCAGCGGCACAGGGACCCUGCAGAUCUACCUGAUCGACAUCAACGACAAUGCCCCGGAGCUGCUGCCCAAAGAGGCCCAGGUCUGUGAGAAGCCCGGCCUCAACGCCAUCAACAUCACCGCGGCCGACGCCGAUGUGGACCCCAACGUCGGCCCCUAUGUCUUUGAGCUGCCCUUCGUCCCCACCGCCGUGCGGAAAAACUGGACCAUCACCCGCCUGAACGGUGACUAUGCCCAGCUGAGCCUGCGCAUCCUGUACCUAGAAGCCGGGAUGUACGAGGUCCCCAUCAUGGUCACGGACUCAGGGAACCCUCCCCUGUCCAACACGUCCAUCAUCAAGGUCAAGGUGUGCCCUUGUGACGAGAAUGGAGACUGCACGGCCGUGGGCGCUGUGGCCGCAGCCGGGCUGGGCACGGGGGCCAUGGUGGCCAUCCUCAUCUGCAUCGUCAUCCUGCUGACCAUGGUCCUGCUGUUCGUCCUGUGGAUGAAGAGGCGGGAGAAGGAGCGACACACAAAGCAGCUGCUCAUUGACCCCGAGGACGACGUGCGUGACAACAUCCUCAAGUACGAUGAGGAGGGUGGCGGCGAGGAGGACCAGGACUAUGACCUCAGCCAGCUGCAGCAGCCGGAAGCCAUGGAGCACGUGCUAAGCAAGGCACCUGGGGUGCGGCGGGUGGAUGAGCGGCCGGUGGGCGCGGAGCCCCAGUACCCUGUCAGGCCUGUGGUGCCCCACCCGGGUGACAUCGGCGACUUUAUCAACGAGGGGCUCCGAGCAGCGGACAAUGACCCCACAGCACCCCCCUAUGACUCCCUGCUGGUCUUCGACUACGAGGGCAGUGGGUCCACAGCGGGCUCGGUCAGCUCCCUGGACUCCUCCAGCUCUGGGGACCAGGACUACGACUACCUGAACGACUGGGGGCCCCGCUUCAAGAAGCUGGCGGACAUGUAUGGGGGCGGCGAGGAGGACUAGCCGGCCUCCGCCCGAGCCCGGAGAUGAGAGCAGCGCUCGGACAGGAGGAGCAGGGCUCUGCAGAGGCGGUGGGCUCCCCGAUCUGCCCUGCGGACCCGCAGACAGACGACUGACAGACGGACGGAUGGACAGACGGUGGGAGGGGGACAGCGCGGUGCUGCAUCAGGAGGCCCCGCCCGCCCUGUGUGGAGCUGUCCAGCCUGGACCUUGCCCCGCUGCACCGCAGCCACCGUGGACAGACAGACGCGAAGGGAGCGCCAGAGGCACUGUCCUGACUUGAAUUUCCUAGAACAAACGCACUGCUAAGAAAACACAAAACAAAAGUGCCUUUUGGUACAUGUGUCGGAUCCCCGCUCAGGAGCAGCCCGCUGUCCCUUCAAGGGGGACGAGCCGAGCAAGGCGUGGAGAAGGGUCCCUCUGGGGCUUUUUCUUUUCAUACUAAAGGGGAAAACAGGAAAUAGUGUGGGGUUCAAAUCCCAACAGCCUUUGCGGUACAGUGGGACUCUUCUGGGCCCCUCUGGGGCUUCCCGAGGCCGCAGGCAAAGACUGGCCAGGCCUCUGACAGCCAGAGCCGUGUGGAGCUGACCUUCACCUCAGCCUGUGGCUGCCCCCGACUCCCAAAUGCUGUAAAUAGCUGAGGCCCGGGAGCCCCCCCUGUGCCCUUGGCCACGCAUCUCCCAGUCCACCAGACCAGCUGUCACCCCAGUGCCACCAAGCUCCCCCUUGCUUUUGGUCCAGGAGAGUGUGCUGUCCAAGAAGCCAGUGUCCAGCAGCACUCUGGCGCGAGCCCAGGACCCCAUCGGAGGCCCCUGAAUACACACAGCCCGACGGCCCUUGGCCCCCAUGCCUGACCUGCAGCUGGGGACGACCUGUCAGUGACCAGGCAGGUCAAGUACCAGCACCAACCUCAGUGGACUCAGGCAGUCCCUCUGCAUCCCCCUGGCCCAUCUGACCUGGGAGCCUGACACCUGUGAAUCUCUCCGGACCCCAAGGAUCUGCUCCGAGUGGCCACCCGGUCAUGAACACCCCUGGCCUCUACACCCCAGACACUGGUGCCCUGCUCUCCUUUGGACCCACGUCUCGGCUCUGCUCUUGCCAUAGAGAGCUCCUCUCAGGCUGCCUGGUGGAUCGAGUGGCUGUGCAGGCCUGAGAGAUGACCAUGCGUGGACCCCACCCCUGAUGUAAAAGGGGCCUGGGCGUCUGUAUCUGGGCGGGAUGUUUUGUGCUCAGAAAGCUUUCUGGCUCAGUCCAGGGCCCGGGCAUGAGGCGCUCCCUGGAUGCCUCCUGGGGAUGGUGGGGGGCUCCAACAUUCACAAGGGGCAAGGAUGCUGGAGCCCCGCCCACACCUACUUCUGGGGUGGGGGGUGGGGGUCCCAGGAGCAGCAUGCUCACCACCUGGACUCUGACUGUUGCAAAGGUUGCCCCCUUUUCUGCACAGAUUUGGCCUAAAGACACCCCAGAGUGGACAGAGCACCAAACUUGUGGGUGUGUCCCGUUGGACGUCAGGGUUCCCCUAACCAAACUCAUCCCCCACUCCGUCUUCCCGGAACGGAGGCAGGCUCUGCCCAUGCUGACCCCUGCCAGGAGAGCCCGGGGAGGGUCGGGGGUGCUGCUGCCUGCAGCCUGCUCAUCCCCGCAGAGGGGCUCCCCAAGGCCGGGGAGGGUCCCCAUCCCAGCCGUGCUAUGCAAAUCGCUCAAGUCUGGCAGCCAAUGAGAUGACCCUGAGUGUCUGGGGGUGUGGCCACCGGAGGGGCUGCUGCCCCAGGGCUGGGGAUGGGAGCUGGGGGUUUCUGUUUUUGUGUUUUUAACAGUUCAUCCUUCCAGAAGUUCUGAGCCCGAGGGGUGUGUGUGGGUUGUUUGAAGGGUGCAUAGGAUCAGGAGCCGAGGCAGCCUUGAAUUGCUUUCUCUGAAAUCCCAGGGCCUCCUUGGGCCCCCAGACUAGGCCACAGGAGACCAAAUCCACAGAAGGCCUGCCUCUGGGGCCACCCUGCGCUCCUCACUGCCAACCUCCCCCAUUUCCCCAAAUCACAAAGGCUGGGGCUCAACACCAGCUGGGGGGACACCCCAGGGGGCUUCCUUAACAGCUGGACGGCUUCACCCCGCAAUCUGGUUAGCCCCCAGGGCCAGAGAAGGAUGGGGUUCCCACGCCCUCCUAGAUCCAUCUCGGAACUCCACUGGAGGCCGAGCUAGCGUUAGCCAAGCGUACAAUCAGUGUCAAACGUCUGUCUUCUGUAGCUUGUAGAUACAACCUGUCUGUGGCCAGGCCGUUGGCUCCUGGCAGGGUGCAGGGCACGGCUCGGCUCCUUCAUCGGAUUCGCAGGAGAAACUCGCCCUGCAGGGCGACAUGUCCAGCACACGCUGGCCUCGGUCAGCCCGGUGGGCCCCACGCCUGGCCAGCAGGCUUUCUCUUUCUCGUGUCUUUCAGCACUUCCAAAAUGCUACACCUCCCGCCACCAAGGGUCAGGCCCUCGGAGGUACCUCAGUUUCCCUAGCGUGAGUUCAUGGUCCGCGUUGUGAUGACGACUGUUUCCUCCAAGGUAAAAAGUCAGGGGAAGGAGUGUCUCGAUUCCCAUCGAAACUAAAAGAAACAACACCAAAAAGCCAAACGGAUCCCACGCCCAGAGCCCCCCAUACACCCAACAGGCCCUGCUGCGAGCGGUGGUCCAGCCGGAGCGUCCGUGGGCGCCCGGAACGCAUUUUACUCUUCAUUUCUCUCCUUUCUUCAUUCUGAUUUUUUUGCAUGUUUCUUUUUAAAAUGGACAAUGUGUAGCAGCCCGCAUGACCGUGGUUGUUCUGGGAAGGAGCCUGAUGUGUGCACACUGCAGCGCUGAGCAUCGCGUGAGACAACUGUUCCACUUCUUUUGUAAUCGUCAACAGCACAACUAUUUUGUAUUGUUGUUUGUAUCAUUUUGUACCGAAAAAAAAGGGAAACAAAAGGGAAGAGUCGAUGUUUUCAAUGUGUUUUUAGUGGCAGGCAGUCUUGGUUCCAAUCGGAAUAGCAUCUUUGCAGAAUCAUCGUGUACCGGAGCGGAGUCAGGCGCUGGCACCCUGCUCCGGAGGAGUGAAUAAAGUCCCCUUUUAAGUA